UUUAUUCAUUUUAGAUUUUUAUUUAAAAAUAAAUGUUCUGGUUGGUAACAUAUUUGAAAGUUUUUUUUUAAAAAAUCCAUAUGUAGAAGCAAACAAUGCCCAACCCCAAAGCGGGUGUAAAAAACCCAGAAUAUGCAGGGUUAUUUUAUGAUGUUGAUCCUGAAAAGAUAUUUGUUGAUCUUCGUGAAAUUGGUCAUGGUAGUUUUGGAGCUGUAUUUUAUGCGCAAAAUAGUCAAACUUCUGAAGGAGUGGCUAUCAAGAAAAUGUCUUUUUCUGGAAAAAAUUCAAAUGAAAAAUGGCAGGAUAUUGUUAAGGAAGUUAAAUUUUUUGUUAAUCUGAAUCAUGAAAAUUGUGUCAAAUAUCAUGGUUGCUACAUAAAAGAAAAUACAGCUUGGCUUGUUAUGGAAUAUUGCAUUGGCUCUGCUUCUGAUAUAAUUGAAGUCCACAAAAAACCAUUAGCAGAAAAUGAGUGUGCAGCUAUAUGCCACGGAGCACUUAAUGGUCUCAAUCAUCUCCACCAAAAUAAUAGAAUUCACAGGGACAUAAAAGCUGGAAACAUUUUACUUUCAGAAAAAGGUGUGGUAAAAUUAGCUGAUUUUGGAUCUGGCUCAAUGCAUGUACCUGCAAAUUCUUUUGUUGGAACACCAUACUGGAUGUCACCUGAAGUUAUUCUUGCUAUGGAUGAAGGGCAGUAUGAUGGCAAAGUUGAUAUAUGGUCUCUUGGGAUUACAUGUAUUGAACUAGCUGAACGCCAACCUCCAUUGUUUAAAAUGAACGCAAUGAGUGCAUUAUAUCAUAUUGCUCAAAAUGAUCCUCCUCAGCUCACUUCUGGUCAAUGGUCAGAAGAUUUUCGAAGUUUCGUUGUCAAAUGCUUAGCUAAACUUCCGUCAGAUCGUCCUUCAGCAGAAAGUCUACUUAAUGAACCCUUUAUAUGUCGUCAAAGACCCAGAAAUAUAUUGUUAAACCUAAUAGAAAGAACAAAGAGUGCAGUUGCAACUUUAAAUCAAGAAAAUUAUAAUAGAGUUAAAAUCAUGAUGGGUGCUGCUGAAGAUGAACAAUCUGAAAAUAAAACACCCAAGAAAAAAGAAUCUGUUCAAAAUCUUUGGAAUGUUCAAGAUAACAAAAAUGGGAAACAAAUGAGUAUAUCAAGUCAUAAAAGUUCACUCAGUGAUACUUAUCCAAACACAGGUUCAGAAGAUGAUUCUACAAGUCUUUCUUCCUCACAAGAUAAACCAGUAUUUUUUACUAGUCCUAUUCAAGAAAAACAAGUUUAUGACAAUCGAUUUUCAACAUUACGUCCAGCUCAAUUAGUUGCAAAACAACUUAUGGAACAUCAAGUAACUAAUGGUUAUCGUGAUCAAUUACUUUUUUAUAAAAGGGAGCGACAGCAACACCAGAAACAAGUUAUUCAACUUGAUCAGAAGCAUCAGCAAGUUUUUGCUGAACAUCAGAGAUGUUUACAGAGAGAGUUGGAAAGUCAAAUGCACAUGUUUGACAAGGAAAUGGAAAAAAUUAAUGCAAAAAAUAAACUGCUACUGGAGCAAAUUGUAAAAGAAAGUUUUAACAAUGAAAAAAUUUUGAUUCGACAGUUGAGGGAAAAGCAAGAAGGAGAAAUGCGCUCUCUUUUAAGUCAACUUAAAUCCAGUUACAAAGUUGCUAAACAAAAACUUAAAAAGGAUGAACAGCUAAAGCGAGCAUCAUUGACAUCAUAUCAAUUAAAAGAACAAUACCUUCAUCACCACAAAACACAAGAACAAAAUUUGAGAAUUCAACAUGCUAAUGAUUUUGAAGAACAGCUGAGAAUAUUUCGCAGAGAACAACUUCUGAAACAACAAAAACAAGAAAAAGAGAAUCUUUAUGAGGAGCUGAACAAGUUACAGUCUCAAAAAGACAGAGCUCAUCAGAUGAUGUUGCAUCAUCGUCAAUGCACUGAAGAACUUAAACUUAACCAAAUGAAGGAGAAUCACAACUUGCGGUAUGAGCAGCUAAAGAGAUUACAUACCACAGAAUGGGAAAAUCAAAUGGAAUACAAUAAAAAGGCAGAAAUGGAUUUACAAAAAAAACACCUAUUAGAACUUAGGCAACGACCAAAACAUCUAAAGGCUCAAGAAGAACGUGUAAAAAAGCAAUUUCGUGAAACAUGCAAGAUCCAAGAGAACCAAUUUAAAGUUUUGCAAAAGCAAACACUAGCCAAUGCUCCUAGAGAAAAUCAUCAAGCUAUUAUCAAUAAAUUCAAAGAAGACCGAUUAAGAAAGUUUGCUGAUCUUGGAACACAGUAUGAGCAAAGUAUUACGGAUUUACUUCAAAAACAAAAACUUUGUUCAGAUGAAAAGCAGUUAAAUGAACUAAAUGCGUUACGCGUUCAGCUGAAACAAGAACAAGACAUACUAGUUAAUUAUCAAACGAGACAGUCUACACAUUUGAAAAAUCACAUUGAUAAAGAAUUGCAAGAGUUAAAUAACAAUAUUAAACUUCAUAAAAGUGUUCUCGAAGAUAAGAUUCACGAGGACAUAAUUAAACUUCAAUCUAAUCGGCAAAAACGCUUAUUAGAUUUGCAAAACAAGCACCAGCAAGAACUUAUAGAGUUUGAUGGUCUUUCAAUGGGAUAUAUUGACAAUAGCAUGCGCUCAAAAUAUUUACCAACAUCACGUAGCCCUAGUCUAAAUAGAUUAACAAAUCGGAGUAGUCCUCUUACUGGGCGUAUUUCUAGUUUGCCUUUAAAUCGGUUUCCAAUUUCUCGUGAUAGUUCGGUGAGUAUGAAUAGCUUGCAGCAAACAACUUUUUUUUAUAACUCGCAACUAGAGAACGAUGUUUCUAACUUCACAAACCCGCGAAGUCGUGUGAAUGAAAAUAGAAAUGGCAGUGCUGCAAAUCGACGUUCCUAUAUCGAACAAUGACAAGUUUAAUUUGUCAUUCCCACGAAUAAAGUUAUAUAUAUGGCGUAGUAGUAUUUUAAAAAAGAGCAAUUUUAUAAGGUGUCUUGUAUAACUAAAAAGUAACGGAUAUAAUAACAGCUUGUUUCAAGGUAAUCACAGAAAAUUUGAGGGGAUUAAACAUAAUAAUUGAAAAAACAGCUAUUGUCGUGCAUCGUUAUCAUGAUGUAUGUUUUAAUUUACGUUAUAUUUGAUAUAACUGUAACAGUUAUAACAUUUUUUAAAUUCAGUUAUUUUUUCUACCUACACUGCAACUUUUUAAUAAUUCAAAUACCCACUUCAUCUUGAGAUUCAAGAUAAAGAGGUAUCACUGCAGUAUAAUAAUGUCUUUGAUACAAAUUUCUUUGACUUUCGGUCUUUUUGUAAAAAACUUUAGAUCAAGCCAAUUUAUUUUAUAAAAAACUUGUUGAUAAGUAUAUUGUCUAUUUCAUUGUCAAUUUUUUUUUCUUGUUUUUACGACUUGUUUCUAUUUUGCUGUUACUUUUUUUUUU